CCAGCCUUUUGCCGUCGAAUCCUCCUUGUCGUCGCCGUUCGAAUCGCGAUCUGGAGAGGGAGGAGAUGCGAGCCAUGGCCGGAAGGGAGAAGACGCCGUGUCUGGAAGCCGCCGUCGUCCUCGCCACAGGGUCAGCCGCUGUCAUGUAUGGCAGAGCCAGAAGAAGAGAGUUCGGGAGCAGAACAGGCGAGAGAGAUCUGAGGCUGGGUUGGGAGUCCAACCACCGCGUCCAGCCGCCGUUUGUGUCGUCGGCGCUGCCUUCGCCGGAGCUGCCACCGUCAAAAAGGGAUUCAUGCCGCCGCAGGUGUCGCUGCCGGAGAAGGGAGCUGCAUCUCUAUGACUCUGGCCGCCGGGAGUGGUUCCGUGACUUCUGGGACCGCCGCCGAAGCCUCUGGCUGUUUCUGCCGUCACCGGAGAAUCCUGCCGUCGCCGGAGUCUGAUCACCGUUGCCGCCUAGGAUGGCUCCUGGGGCUGCCGCCGAACCGGUUCGGAGACCGCCGUUGUUUCGGUUCAGCCGU